AUGAGAGACUUUGAAGAAUAUAUGGAAACAAACAAUAACAUGCCGGUAUCGAGUUGGUAAAUCGUAUUUACGUAUAAGCUGCAUCUGCACGACAGCUGUUGUUGCUAAAUGUACUCAGAUAGUGAAUAAAUAGCAGUGAAAAGGUGAGUCUCACAAUCAAUCAUUGGGUUUCGGUUUGCGUGCGUACUGCAUUUUGCAGGAAAUUGCUGCAGUGAAUAUUUUUACUCUACGACAUAUAGAAACUAAAAUUGCUAAUUAAAUUCUACUCACCGUCAACCGAUGAAUAGGAUUGUCUUAUCCUGACAGGACUUUAAAAAAACCAACAAUACCUACCGUAUCUUCAUCAGACAUGACGCACUCCACAUCUUCAUUGGCCUGCAACGCAAGUUUCCUGGGACCGACCCUGCAAGAGAUGUGCGGAGGAUCGAGUUACUACCUCUUCAUGUCUCUUUUGAACGCAUUCGCAAUAAGGAAGCAAGCUAUAGGUGGAACUUGCGAACGAGUAACAUCGAUCGUAUCGCCAAACAGAGAAUAUGACUACGUCGUAAUUGGCGGCGGUAGUGCAGGUGCCGUAGUGGCUUCAAGACUCAGUGAGAAUCCGAAGUGGAAGGUCCUGGUGCUGGAAGCUGGUCCCGAUGAGCCACCAGGUGCGGAAAUUCCGAGCUUUUUCAACGCUGUUGUGACAUCGAGUCUCGACUGGGGAUACUCGACGACUAACGAGAGCUACGCUUGUUACUCAACAAACGGUUCCUGCACAUGUCACUCCGUGAAAGUUCUGGGUGGGAACAUGGUGCACACAGGGAUGAUAUACUUGCGAGGCAACCCGACGGACUAUGACAAAUGGGCUGCUCUUGGUAACAAGGGGUGGUCGUGGAAAGACGUUAAGCCGUUUUACCUGAAGUGCGAAGACAAUCGAGAAAUCGACAGAGUCGGAAGAUUUUGGCACGCUACGGGAGGGCCACUUUCAGUUCAAAGAUUUCCGUACGAAUUUCCCAUCACGAAAGCGAUUCGCGACGCGUCUUUAGAGGCAGGUUUCGGCACCAGCGACGACCUUAACGGAGAUCAGCUUACAGGUUUCAACGUCGUUCAAACGACUACCAAGAACGGCGUCAGACAAAGUACCGGUACCGCGUAUCUGCGCCCCGUCAGGGACCGCAAGAACCUUCAUAUUUCUCUCAACUCCACCGUCGCCAAAAUCAUAAUCAAUAAUAAGACGGCCGUCGGAGUCGAGUAUUAUCAGAAUGGGCAAUUGAAAAAGGUUGCUGUGUCCCGUGAAGUCAUCCUCUCCGCAGGUACAGUAGGCUCGCCUCAAAUUCUGCUACUCUCCGGUGUUGGUCCGAAGGAACACCUGGAGUCUAUGGGCAUCGAAGUGGUAAAGGAUCUGCGUGGAGUUGGAGAAAACUACCAUGACCACAUAUCGUACAGCGUCGACUUUACCGUCAACGAACCCGACGUUUACGACAACAACUGGGCUGCUGCAACCGAGUACUUCGCUUUCCAGACUGGCCCCCUGUCUGCUUCUGGACUGGCUGGGUUGGCCAUUGUGCUAAACUCCAGCAAGUCAACCUCCGACUAUCCAGACAUCCAGCUGGCAGGGUACGGCUACAUCGCGGACUGCGCACCGGGUGACAUUGGGGCCCUCCGCAGCAAGGGAAAACGUACAGUGAGCAUAUGGGUGGGAUAUCAGCAUCCGAAAAGCAGAGGAAGAGUACGUUUGGCUUCGAAAAACGUUACGGCGUUGCCUGUGAUAUGGGGUAACUAUUUGGCCGAUUACCGGGACGUUGAGGGCUUGAUUGAGGGCAUAAACUACACCCUCACCUUGUCGAAGAUGGAGGCGUUCAAACCCUACAACUUGACCUUGACCAAUCAACCCGUCGCCGCCUGCUCCGAUUAUACUUUCCUCACCAACGAAUACUGGGCUUGCGCGAUACGUUGGAGUCUCAGCCCCCAAAAUCACCAGGUUGGUUCGUGCAAAAUGGGACCCCCCGAUGAUCCCACCGCCGUUGUCGAUCCCAAACUACGAGUUUACGGAAUAAACAGACUUCGCGUCGCAGAUGCCUCGAUCAUGCCACAAAUCAUUUCCGCCAACACUGCAGCACCAACCGUAAUGAUUGCGGAGAAAGCAGCCGAUAUGAUCAAGAAAUCUCAUCAACAUCGAUCGUGUAAAAAUUACUGAACUUCCAAACGAGGAAUUCCAACAGAAAAUGAAAACUAAAUUCAAUCGAAGUAAUGGACGAACUAUGCGAUAAGAUCAGUAAGCUGAUAGUUUUGUAACAAAUAUUAAACGCCAAGAUGACUCCCAAAACAGUUAAUUACAUAAA